AUGAAACGGGCUGCAACGAGUUCCAUGACUGGCGGGCGAGGUCCUAAGAAAGCGCGAGCAGCCAUUGAGAUACCCGAAUAUCACCUGACACCUUCCGCAAGAGAUGACAGAGGCGAGAUUAUCUGGCCAGCUCCAGUCGAGAAGAUAGAGGCGGCGAGGAGUUUCAUUCUCGAAUGCAGCGUAUCUGCGGGUGAACGCACCUUGAUCGUGCCAGAUAAAGACGCCGAUGGUCUCACUUCAGGAAUGAUACUGGAAAGGACAUUGACAUUACUUGGCCUCGACCCUGAUCUGAUCACCGCUUACCUAUUAGAGAAGGGCACCACGGUGCAUGAUGAAGCGUCACGCGCGGCCAUGACAGCUUUGAAACCCGCUUUCAUCUUCGUGUUAGAUCAGGGAUCUAGACAGUCUCCACCGCUCGUCGAGGGCUCCCAUCGCGGUUUGAUUAUUGACCAUCACCAUGCGCUUGAGGACGACCACCCCCAAGGCACCCUACACGUUACGGCCUGCCAUUACCCGCCCGUAGCGACAACAUCGUUGCUGACAUAUCUCAUCUGCCAUGAAAUGCACGAGAAAGUGGAGGAGACUUGCGACUGGCUCUGCAUAAUGGGCACUCAUGGUGACCUCGGCAACACCUUCAAGUGGGAGCCUCCGUUCCCAGAUAUGAAGGCUACGCUGAAGGUGCACACAAAGAAGGCCAUCAACGACGCAGUCUCACUUAUCAACGCCCCACGCAGAACAGCCUCUUAUGACGUCCCGGGAGCGUGGAAGGCGCUGAGGGCCGCAAACUCCCCCAAGGCCUUGUUGAGCGACCCCAGCCUGCUCGCGGCGAGAGCAGAGGUCAAUGCCGAGGUCGAGCGGUGCACCCACACGGCACCCAAGUUCUCGGCCGACGGGAGGAUAGCGGUAUUUCGUAUCAGCUCGGCCGCCCAGGUGCAUCCGGUCAUCGCUACACGGUGGGCAGGCCACCUCAGCUCGAGCAAACUAGAAGUGGUGCUUGUGGCCAACGAGGGGUAUCUGCCUGGCAUGAUCAACUUCUCUUGUCGAAUUCCGCGGUGCGCCCGUGCAAGAGACCCUCCAGUCAACAUCAUCGAGGUACUGCGUGACGUCGCCGGGCGUGCUGCUGACCCGACGCUCCGAGAGCGGCUGGGUGAUUCUUUUGCUCGUGGCCACAAGGAGGCAAGCGGCGGCAUAGUUCCGAAGGCGGAGUUUGAAGAGUUCCUUGAUGUGCUCGAGGUCGGCAAGAAGCCAGACACUUCUCCGAAGAAGGCCGCGGCUCAAGCGAACACGCUUCUGAAUUACUUUGGAAAGGGAUAG